AAGAGGUGUGUGGCGUAGAUGAAAAUGCAACUUCCUGUUAAAAAAGGGCCUUAACUCAAAGCUGAAGGAGAGAGUGUCUCUGACACUGCUCUGCUGUCUCUUAACGCCAAAAAACUGCUUACGGAUUUUUUGUUUUUUAACAGAACCGACUGAUUAGACACAUGAGAACACGACAUAUGGUGUCUUAGAAGCCGCGUUUGAACCUUUGGAUAUGGCAAGAUUUUUUGCGCUAGGACCCUUGGUUUUGGUCCUAUGCUUGGUCUUAUACAACUCCACUCUCACACCUGCACAAACCACUGAAGACAUCUCACCCACAAACACUUCUGAACAAGACACAAAUGCGAAUGGGACAGGUUCUUCUGACUCACCCACCACCACGCAACCCCCUUCUACUCCUCCUGUCGUAUCUACAGGUACAGGAAAGACAGACACUCAGUCAGGCAACUCCACUCUCACCACUGCACCAAACACUGCAAAUGCCACUGAAGACAACUCCACUCUCACCACUGCACCAAACACUGCAAAUGCCACUGAAGGGAACAUUACUUUGAAUGACAAGGCAAACACACCAACCUCACUCCCAAACACCACCACGCAACAACACAACACCAGCACCACCACUGGGAAAGUUAUUGAUAAUAAUGAGACAAAAACAUCGAUCUCACCCACACACACCUCCACGCAUGAACAAAACACCAGCACCACUGCAGGGAAAGAUUUUGAUUCUCAUUGUCAAAAUCUGAAUAAUACAGAUGAAGCAAAAUCACCCUCAUGCAACACUUCACAUCCACACAACACCAGCACCACCACUGCUACAGGCCUCUCACCCACAAGCACUCCAUCACACACCCCAUCAGUAACAGUGAAAGGUGUAGGGAAUGACACCACCUCACCACCUCACUCAAACACUGGAUCUCCCACCUCCAUGCACUCCAGCUCAACCUCACCCCCACCCACCACCAUCCUCUCGGGACCCGGAAAAGACUCAUGUCGGUACCAACUUAUAGCAAAAGGCAAUGAAGAAAUUUCCAUUAUGAUGAAUAUCAGUGACUCCAAAAGACAAAAACACACAAUCUGGUUAUUGGAUAAGGACCACAAGGAGGAAAUCCCUGUCAGUAAUGAAUCUACCAUACCGUUGAAAUUGUUAAAACCAUGCACUAAUUACAGUGUAGAAGUAGAUGAAUGCACACUCCUCGGAGAAAACCAUUUUAAUUUGAAAGUCUCUAGAAGUGAAAACCAUUCUGCUGAACUUAUGGGUGAUGGGCAAGUGUGUUUUAAAGAUAGCAAAUGGAAUUUGACAAAAUGUGUUAAUAUAACAACUGAAGACUCUUGUGUUGAGAAGCCCAUUGACAUUAAUCUAGAAACAUGCAUCUACACAAUGAAUGUCCUCAUGCCCCCAGUCAAACCAGAAAUAACCUACAGUGAAACUAUUCCCACUAAGUUUGUGUGGAAGAAUAAAAUACAAAAAUCAGCCAAUGUAGCGAGUAAAUGUAAUGGAACAUUUGAGGUUUCUUGUACUUAUGACAAUGCACAAAAUACAUAUGGUUUGGGCGAGAAUGUGUAUUUUGUACCUUUCAAAAUGUAUAACUGCACUGGGAAAUACAAAUAUUACAAUAAGUUCAUUAACAGCAGUCAUAAAAUGAUUAACAUCAGUUGUGAUUGGAAAAAUGUAACUUUGGAAGAAAAAGUAAACAAUGACUCAAUUGUGAUCUCGUGGACUCAAUACCCAGGGGAUAAAUGCCCAGGCAUUACGUGGGAAGGUUUUUCGGGCAUUUGUGGUGAUAAACAUGGAGAAUGUCAUACACUCAAUGCUUCAACUGCAAAUUGCACAUUUAAUAGUUUAAGUGCAUAUACAGAGUACAACUGCAAACUUUCAGCACAAAUCAACCAAUCCAUUGGUCAACACUCUGUCAAUACCAGUUUUAAACACAGAACACUUCCUUACAUACCCAUUUUUAAAGAAAAACGCAUAAGUGUAUCAGGAACAUCUCACAAUUCUUUUUCUGUGACCUGCAAUGAGUUGGUUGAUUGGAAUGGAGAAAAGGGGAUUUAUAUAGCAAAACUUAAAAACAAAAACACAAUUGAAGAUACUAAAAGAAAUAAGCAUGAGUGCUCUUUUUUGUUUGGAAAUCUUUACUACCACACAAACUAUACUUUUGAGAUUACAGCCGAGAAUGGAAACGGCUUCACUUCCAGUCCCAUUAAAACUCACAAAUCCACUAGCUAUAAUGAUAAAGCUGUCAUUGGAUUCUUGGUAUUCCUUAUCAUUUUGACGUCCGUUGCGCUCCUCUUCGUGCUAUACAAACUUUUCCUGCUCAAAAGAAAACGGAACGCUGAAGAUGAACAGAUUCUCCUCACACCUGCACCCCUGCGCAGAGUUGAGCCCAUCCCAGCCGCCGGUUUAGUGGAGGCAUACAAGAACAAGAUCGCUGAUGAGGGCCGUCUGUUUAUGGAUGAGUUUCAGAGCAUUCCCCGGAUUUUCUCCAAUUACACCAUCAAAGAAGCCAAGAAACCGGACAACCAGUACAAGAACCGCUACGUUGACAUUCUGCCCUAUGACUAUAAUCGGGUAACUCUCUCAACCGGAGGUGAAGACAACUACAUCAACGCCAGCUUUAUCGAGGGAUAUCGAGAGGCAAAGAAAUACAUUGCAGCCCAAGGACCCAAGGAUGAGACGGUGGUUGAUUUCUGGCGGAUGGUUUGGGAGCAAAAGUCAUCUAUUAUUGUCAUGGUCACCCGCUGUGAGGAAGGAAACAAGAUCAAAUGCGCUCAGUACUGGCCGUCUCCGGACAGAGAGGCUGAGAUCUUUGAUGAAUUCGUAGUGCAACUCCGAUCUGAGGAACACUGCCCUGAUUACAUUAUUCGCCGUCUGAUCCUGACCAAUAAGCAAGAGAAGGCGUCAGAGAGAGAGGUCACUCAUAUCCAGUUCAUCAGCUGGCCGGACCAUGGUGUGCCGGGAGACCCCAGCCUGCUUCUGAAGCUCAGGAGAAGAGUCAACUCCUUCAAGAACUUCUUCAGUGGCCCCGUGGUGGUCCACUGCAGUGCAGGGGUCGGCCGCACAGGAACAUAUAUGGGCAUUGAUGCAAUGAUUGAAUCUCUCGAGGCAGAAGGCAGAGUGGACAUCUAUGGAUUCGUAGCGAAACUACGUCGCCAGCGUUGCCUCAUGGUUCAAGUGGAGACCCAGUACAUACUGAUCCACACGGCUCUGAUCGAGUACAAUCAGUUUGGAGACACAGAGAUCCCUCUGUCUGAAUUCCACUCCGUGCUCAAGACCCUCAGGCAGAAAAACGGCAGUAACAAUAGUUCGCUUGAACUGGAGUUCCAGAAACUCCCUAAAUUUAAAAAAUGGAGAACAAAUAACACGGGAAGCAGUGAGGAGAACAAGAAGAAGAACCGCGACUCAGCUGUUAUCCCAUACGACUUUAACAGAGUCAUAUUUAGACUGGACAUUGAGGGCAACCAGACCAGUGACCCCGAGGAUGAGGACGAGUAUACAUCAGACGAGGAAGAUGAAUCAGACGAAUACAUCAACGCCUCAUUCAUUGAUGGCUACUGGUGUAAUAAGAGUCUGAUCGCAGCACAGGGGCCUUUACCAAACACCGUGGAAGAGUUUCUGCUCAUGCUGUACCAGCAACAAACUAAAACACUGGUCAUGCUCACAGACUGCCAGGAGGACGGCAAGGACUUCUGUUUCCAGUAUUGGGGAGAUGAAAAGAAAACGUAUGGAGACAUGGAGAUUGAGGUAAAAAAGACCGAAUCCUUCCCAACGUACGUGAGACGGCAUCUGGAGAUCCAGUCCUUGAAGAAGAAAGAGGUCCUGGAGGUGGAUCAGUACCAGUUCCUGAAAUGGAAAGGCCGUGAGCUCCCGGAAGACCCUCAGGAGUUGAUCGAGAUGGCACGGAUCAUCCGAGAGAACGGCAAAUACGACAACAGCAAGAUGAACCGGAAUGUGCCCAUAGUGGUGCACUGCCACAACGGCUCAUCCCGUACCGGAAUCUUCUGUGCCUUGUGGAAUCUCCUGGACAGCGCCUACACGGAGAAGCUGGUGGACGUCUUACAAGUGGUCAAAAACCUGCGCAAGAUGAGGCAGGGGAUUGUGGAAACAAUCGAGCAGUAUCAGUUCCUCUACGCGGCUCUGGAGGGCGCUUUCCCGGUGCAGAACGGUGCCGUGAAGACGCCCUCCGCGAAGGACACCGCGCAGGUCAUCAACGAAACGACGGCGCUCCUCACCGAGCCCAACAGCACUUCCGGUGCUGACCAGAAGGAGGCGGGAGAGAGCAGUGAGCGGGAGGCCAAGGAGAGCAGCACUGCUGAGGCUCCACCAGCAGAGGGAGACCGAGAGAAACCCUCACCCGAGGCCCAGACCAACGGCCCUGCUGGAGGAGACGAUUAAGACUUUUGGGGCUAAAAGUUUUUUUUUUGCUAAUUUGACACCAAGUGUCAAGGAAAAAGAGAUUUUUAUUACGUGUUUUACAUUUGAGGUUUACUGUACAUUGGAUGUUAGAUCAGCGUUUGUUUGGAGAAUUCGGGUUAGGAUCGUUUGUUUCACCCUCAGGUUUCGGUUUUCUGUCAAAUGAUGCUGUUCGUGUGCAUACUGAUCAUGUUUAUUAAUGUGUAAAGGUUUGCUUUAUGAUUUGUUUUUUUUAGUCUAUCGAAUUGCGUUUUGAAUGUAUUGUAAAAUAAGACCUUACCAACGAUAUUUCUGUUUUGUAAACUAUGAGAGAACAAUCUUAUUGCUUCUAAAUUAUAGUUUCUGAAAAUGUUGAUGGAAUUGAGGGCCUUUACGUUCGAGAACAACCAAAAAAAAGGGCAAAGAUGACUUUGCACUACAGGGCUGUCAUCAAACUAUCCCCCAGCCGUUCGCUGAAUACGUAUUUCAUUUUAUGCAGGUGUAACUUAACAAAGAAGAAUAAAGGGUGGCUUGAACAAUA